CUCUCUCUCUCUCUCUCUCUCAACAUUCUUCUCCUUCUCUCAGAGCAACAAAAAAAAAAAAUACACAGUGAAAUCAUAAUGGCCGUCGAUCUUAUGCGUUUUCCCAAAAUAGAUGAUCAAGCGGCUAUAGAGGAGGCUGCAUCACAAGGCUUACAGAGCAUGGAGCAUCUGAUCCGUGUCCUCUCUAACCGUUCCGACAAACACAACAACGUUGACUGCUCUGAGAUAACCGAAUACACCGUUUCCAAAUUCAAAACGGUUAUUUCCCUCCUCAACCGCACCGGUCACGCCCGGUUCAGACGCGGACCGGUUCACUCCACCGCGUCGUCUCCUCAGAAACAACAGAUUCAGAUCGUUAAAACCGCUGAGGCUCCGAUUGUUUCUCCACCGACGAGACCAACGGUGGUUGCUCCGACACCGUCGAGGAUAGUUCACUCGAACCAGCCGAGCCUAACACUCGAUUUCACUAAACCGACCAUCUUCGGAUCCAAAAGCUCUGAGAUAGAGUUCGCCAAGGAGAAUUUCAGCGUUUCUCUAAACUCUUCGUUCAUGUCGUCGGCGAUAACCGGAGACGGCAGCGUAUCUAAAGGAUCCUCGAUUUUCCUCACGUCGGCUCAGUCUCAGCCUGUCACUUCCUCCGGGAAGCCACCGUUGGGUGGUCAUCAUCCUUAUAGAAAAAGAUGCCUCGAGCAUGAGCACUCGCUCUCGGAAGGUUUUUCCGGCAAGAUCUCCGGUUCCAACUGCCCUUGUAAGAAACGUAGAAAAAAUCGGGUGAAGAGAACCGUGAGGGUACCGGCGAUAAGUUCAAAGAUCGCCGAUAUUCCACCGGACGAGUAUUCAUGGAGGAAGUACGGUCAAAAACCGAUCAAGGGCUCACCACACCCACGUGGUUAUUACAAGUGCAGUACGUUUAGAGGGUGUCCAGCGAGAAAACAUGUGGAACGAGCUUUAGAUGAUCCAGCGAUGCUUAUCGUGACUUACGAAGGAGAGCACCGUCAUAACCAGUCUGCGAUGCAGGAGAACAUAUCUUCUUCAGGCCUUAAUGAUUUGGUGUUUACCUCGGCAUGACUUUGACUUGUAUUGUUUUUUUUGAUUUGUUGAGUAUUAGAGGGGUUGAUUUGUAAAUCUUUUACUAAAAAGAUAUUUUGAUUAGGAACAAUUAAUCUGGUGAAAUGUAUUUUUAUAAAAUAUUCUCGUGGUGCAUUAUGAAAUCAGAUUAUCAGCAGUGGUUAUGGAAUUAAUUACGCACCAGUAUUAUUAGAUUAUGUACUUUUUGUUAUUCAUUUUUUUCGUGAAUCAUUAUAGUUGGUGGCUUUAAAAGAAAGUUGACUAAGGGGUUAAUGAUUAGAAAGUCAAUGAGUUAUUAAUGAGUUAGUUCAGGUUGGGUGUUGAUUGUUGAAGUCACGUAUCUUUAAA